AUGGAAUUCUUCAUCAAUCAAUCCAAGUAUACAAAAGAGAUGCUUAAGACAUUUUUCAUGGAGACCUCAUCAAGUAGCAAGACCCCAAUGAGUACCACAAUCAAAUUGGACAAAGACAAAUCGGGUAAAUGCAUUGAUAUUACAGUGUAUAGAGGUAUGAUCGGUUCACUUCUUUAUCUUACCGCUAGUAGACCCGAUAUUAUGUUUAGUGCAUGCUUAUAUGCUCGUUUUAAAGCUUGUCCUAAGAAAACCCAUUUGCAUGCCGUUAAAGGUAUUUUCAAGUAUUUGCAUGGCACUUUGAACCUAGGAAUAUGGUACCCUAGAAAUGUGGACCCUAGGUUGCUUGGCUACUCCGAUGCUGGCUAUGCCAGUUGUCUUUAA